UUCAGGGAGGCGGAGGAAAAGUUACUUUUGCGGGCUAGAAGGGGUUUCGGCGCGCCGACGCAGCUCGCCUUUGCAACUCUGCCGCAGUUCGCCUUUUUUGUUUGUUUCCCUCACGCUGCUCCGGGGCAUGAAAGGGCUCCGCUGCGGGGAGUGAAAGAAAGGAGUUUACCUGGGAGCGCGAGAGGAGGGCGCGCACACGCGGCCCGCAGCGCGGACGUCCACUGUAGGCUGGAAGUUUGUGCCGGGCUCCGAGUGCGCGCCGGCGGCGGAGCGCAAGGCCGAGCGACAGGCCGCAGGACCGCAAUGGGCGCGCCGAGCCUCCGCGCGCCCGCGGCGGCGCUGGGGCUGCUGCUGUGCGCGGCGCUGGGGCGCGCGGGCCCAGUCGAGGGCAGCCGCCGCGGGGUGGCCGCCGAGCCCCUGUGCCCCGCUCCCUGCCGCUGCCUCGGGGAGCUGCUGGACUGCAGUCGCCAGCGGCUGGUGCGCCUUCCCGAGCUGCUCCCACCCUGGGUCGCUCGGCUGGACUUAAGUCACAACAGAUUGUCUUUCAUCAAGGCAAGUUCCCUGAGCCACCUUCAAAGCCUUCGAGAAGUGAAACUGAACAACAAUGAAUUGGAGACCAUUCCAAAUCUAGGACCAGUCUCAGCAAAUAUUACACUUCUCUCCUUAGCUGGAAACAGAAUUGUUGAAAUAUUAGCUGAACAGCUGAAACAGUUUCAGUCCCUCGAAACGUUGGACCUCAGCAGCAAUAAUAUUUCAGAUCUUAAAACUGCAUUUCCACCUCUACAACUCAAAUAUCUGUAUAUCAACAGCAACCGGGUCACCUCAAUGGAAGCUGGGUAUUUUGACAAUUUGGCCAGCACGCUCGUGGUGUUGAAGCUGAACCGGAACCGAAUCUCAGCUAUCCCACCCAAGAUGUUUAAACUGCCCCACCUGCAACACCUUGAACUGAACCGAAACAAGAUUAAAAAUGUAGAUGGGCUGACAUUCCAAGGGCUUGGUGCUUUGAAGUCUCUGAAAAUGCAACGAAAUGGAGUAACGAAACUUAUGGAUGGAGCGUUUUGGGGGCUGAGCAACAUGGAAAUCCUGCAGCUGGACCAUAACAACCUAACAGAGAUUACCAAAGGCUGGCUUUACGGUUUGCUGAUGCUGCAGGAACUUCAUCUCAGCCAAAAUGCCAUCAACAGGAUCAGCCCUGAUGCCUGGGAGUUCUGCCAGAAACUCAGUGAGCUGGACCUAACUUUCAAUCACUUAUCGAGGUUAGAUGAUUCAAGCUUCCUGGGCCUAAGCUUGCUAAAUACUCUGCACAUUGGGAACAACAAAGUUAGCUACAUUGCUGAUUGUGCCUUCCGGGGCCUUUCCAGUUUAAAGACUUUGGAUCUGAAGAACAAUGAAAUUUCCUGGACUAUUGAGGACAUGAAUGGUGCUUUCUCUGGGCUUGACAAACUGAGGCGUCUAAUCCUCCAGGGAAACCGGAUUCGAUCUAUUACCAAAAAAGCCUUCACUGGCUUGGAUGCAUUAGAACAUCUCAGUGAAGCUGAUGUGGAAGCUGCCACAGAUCCGUUCCUUUGUCCCUUUUUGGGACCCUCAGGCCCUGUGUAUUUGAAGGGGAAUGUAUAUGGCUCGGAUCCUUUUGAAGCCUAUCAUACAGGUUGUGGUCCUGACCUGAGAACCGCUUUAAUGGACCACUAUGAGCCCAGUUACGUAAAGAAAAAGGAGUGCUACCCAUGUGCUCAUCCUUCGGAAGAACCCUGCGAACAGAGCGUCAGUGACAUAGGAUGGCCUUCACACGUGAGGAAGUUAAUCAACUCCACUUACUCUCAAAAUGAAGGACCUGGAAUGAAAAACGCGUGUCUAAACAAGUCCUCCCUAGAUUUUAGUCCAAGUUCAGAGCCAGCAUCCGUUACUUCAAGUAAUUCGUUCCUGGUGCUCCCUUCUUUCACCAAGACCCCCAUGGACCUUACCAUCCGUGCUGGGGCCAUGGCACGCUUGGAGUGUGCUGCCCUGGGGCACCCGGCCCCGCAGAUAGCCUGGCAAAAGGAUGGGGGCACAGACUUCCCCGCCGCGAGGGAGAGACGCAUGCAUGUUAUGCCUGAGGAUGACGUGUUCUUUAUCGUGGAUGUGAAGAUAGAGGACAUCGGGGUGUAUAGCUGCACAGCUCAAAACAGUGCCGGAAGCAUUUCUGCAAAUGCGACUCUGACUGUCCUAGAAACACCAUCAUUUUUGCGGCCCCUAUUAGACCGAACUGUUACCAAGGGAGAAACGGCCGUCCUGCAGUGCAUUGCUGGAGGUAGUCCUCCUCCCAGAUUGAACUGGACCAAGGAUGACAGCCCUUUGGUGGUCACUGAAAGGCACUUUUUUGCAGCAGGCAAUCAGCUGCUGAUCAUUGUGGACUCGGAUGUCAGCGAUGCUGGGAAAUACACAUGUGAAAUGUCUAACACCCUGGGCACCGAGAGAGGCCACGUGCGCCUCAGUGUGAUCCCCACUCCAACCUGUGACUCCCCUCAGAUGACCGCCUCAUCGUUAGAUGAUGAUGGGUGGGCCACCGUGGGCGUGGUGAUCAUAGCGGUGGUUUGCUGUGUGGUAGGCACGUCGCUCGUGUGGGUGGUCAUCAUAUACCACACCAGGCGGAGGCACGAAGAGUGCAGCAUUACCAACACAGGUGUGUAAGCAGAGGCUUGGCACAGGCUGCAGCAGUCGUGUGUGUGUGUGUGAGCCUGUGGUAAUUUUCUUCUAGAAUGUGUGUCUCGCAGACUGAGGCCAUGUCAGAAGGGUGACUCAUUUGUCUCAAGCUGCAGAAAUACGGUUAACUAAAAAUAACACCCUGGCCCAAAAUCAAGCUGAUGUUUAAAGAUUGAUACUUUUUGUUAAAAGCUCAUCACCAUAUCCUGUGGGCUAUGAGAUACAGUGAAAAUCAGAGUUAAACAGUCUUACUCUUUUACAAGAUGGUAAUGGAGAAUCAGGAACCAACCCUUCAGGUCUGAGGUGUAGCGUCUGCUGCAGGUUUUGUUUUGUCGUGUGUGCAUAUGUGCAUGUGUGUUUGCAGGCAUCCAGGUAGGACCCUGGUGAUGUGUGGGAGAGCAGCCAUGACUUGACAAUAUAUGCAAACUCCUAUAUCAAUAAGUAAUAGUAAGUCAGGAAUAUGGCAGAAAUCAAGCUUGAUUCAAGAGCUUAGAUACUGUCCCGUGAAAAUUUCUAAUCCUUUUAUCUUCUUAAACAUUGGUAGUUCUUGAAAUUUGGGGGACAUCGCACAGGUGAUAAAGUAGAAAAUCAGUUCAUGCUUCCCAGAGCAGCAGAGC